CUGAACGGGCUGAGCGUGACGGGGGACGCGCAGCACCAGUACCAGACGCUGCACAAGAUGUACAACAACUGCGAGAUCGUGAUGGGCAACCUGGAGAUCGUCCUCAUCGACCACACGCAGGACCUCUCCUUUCUGCAGACCAUCCGGGAGGUGACGGGCUACAUCCUGAUCGCCAUGAACGUCUUCGCCUCGCUGCCGCUGCAGAACCUGCGCGUCAUCCGGGGGACGCAGUUCUACGAGGAGAAGUACGCGCUCUUCGUCCUGCUCAACUACAACCCCAACACCACCCACGCUCUGCGCCAGCUCGGCCUCAACCAGCUCACAG